AUGUCUGGUCUCAUCAACAAGGUCAAGGACGCUAUCCACUCCGACAAGGACAAGUCCCACGAGCAUCCUACUGGAGACCAUCGUGCGAACCAUGGCACUACAACCACUGGUGGCCUAGGAUCUUCCACCCAUAACACUGGCACAGCUGGUGGCUUGACUGGAGGCUCUACCUACUCUGAGAACAUGCCUGGUCACACUACCGGACGCACUGAGAACCUACCUGGCCAUACCACUGCUGGCGGCCUUGGCUCUCAUUCUUCAGGGCUUCCCGAAGGAACCACGGGACCACACGGAAGCCGCCUUGCCAAUGCGGCUGACCCAAAGGUGGAUAGUGAUCUUGACGGUUCACGACGUGUUGGUGGUUCCAACACUUAUGGACAGACUGCUACUGGAACUUCGGGUCUUUCAAGCCACGGCGCAGGUGCUCAUGGUGGCAUUGGCGGUACAUCUGCUGGUUACAGCACUGGUCCUGGAAACACUGCUGGUCCCCAUUCCAGUGAUAUGGCCAACAAACUUGAUCCAAAGGUGGAUAGUGAUCUUGACGGAUCCCGACGACUUGGCGGUUCUAACACCCACGGCCACCAGGGCGGUCUCGGCGGCAGCACUGGCACUUAUGGCCAGACAACUACUGGCACUUCAGGCUUCUCCAGCCAUGGUGCCGGUGCUCACGGCCCCACUGGCACUCACACCGGCACCCACACCGGCUUGGGCGGAACUGGCUCCACCGGUACAUACGGUUCUACCGCUGGCACCGGCCCUGGUCCUGCUCCAAAAACCGCGGGACCACAUUCUAGCGACAUGGCCAACAAAUUGGACCCACGUGUGGAUAGUGAUCUUGACGGUAGCAAAACAGUUGGCCAGGAGAAGACUUUCCAGCAGUCCAACAACAACUUCGCCGGCCGGGAUCCCACCGAUGCUACUCAGGUUCCUCCUUCUGUCCUGCAGAAGCAUGUUCCCACUGAGAUUGCUCAUAAUGAUCCUCACAGCGACCACAGCCGACGACACAGCAGUACUCACCAGGAGACUCACCGGGGUCUGUAA